AUCCAAGUUGGUGAUCUGGGGUCUUCAUGAUACCAGGAAAUACUAGGAAUCCCUUGAUUAUUUCUAAGAUGUGAUCCACUCAAAAACGCAGUUAAAAUUUUUGGUAAACUGAUGAAGCAUCGAAGUGAAUAUGGAUUGAUUCGCCGUCAAAAUUCUGGUUUCGUCAAGGACUACUUACGAAAUGCGAUUGUUUGAAAUUGAGGCUGGCAGUUGAACCAACAUGGCGAAAGUCAAGGGGAAAGGAAAGAAGCAAAAGCUUGUAAUAAACGAAAAAGGCGGGUCGUCAGAGGAAGAAAAUAAAGGAGAUAAGCCAUGCACACAUGUCAACAAGGCAGUACGGUACCAGUCUUUGAAGAAGGUACUCCCACAUGCCAAGACUGGAGAAUGCAAGGAUUGCAGAGGAAAACCAAAGCUAACCCCAGAGUUAAAAGAUGUUGAGGAUGGUGAGCUCAUGCAAAGUAUUUGCAUUUGUUUAAAGUGUGGUUUCCAGGGCUGCAGCAGAAAUUCGCAGAAUCGACAUGCCCACUGCCAUUUUCAGCAACAAGCUUCACACACAAUUUGUAUUAACACUACUACCUGGGUUAUUUGGUGCUAUGCGUGCGAUAAAGAGCUAAAUAAUGUUAGUGAAAAUUCAGAUAUUCAAAAAACAAUCAAGUUUAUUCGUGAAAGGAAUACAACCAAAAAUGGUGCCAAGGAAAAUGAUGAAAUCACCUCCUGUGUUGCAGGGGCUGUAAAGGGGCUUCGCAAUCUGGGCAACACUUGUUUUUUCAAUUCAGUUCUUCAAAACAUUUCAAGAGCAACUGUGCUGGUAGAAAAGUUAGACUCGCUAUUAGAGAAGGAGAAUGAAGUGAAAAUUCAAAAUAACAAAACGCCAAAGAUUGAAAUCACGGUGAAAAGGUCUUCAGCUGUUGGGCCUUUGACUUCCGCUUUGAAGUCCUUUUUAGACGAGUUUCACAGCAGUUCUCGCGGCGUGGUUACCCCUAGUCGAUUGUUUGGCGAAAUAACGAAAAAGUCACCUCAGUUUCGUGGGUACCGACAACAAGACAGCCAAGAGUUGCUGAGAUAUCUUUUAGAUGGAAUGCGGGUAGAAGAAUUAAAGAGGAUUGAGUCCGCAGUGAAAGACGCUGUGAAGAAACUAGACUGUCCACCGACCAACGAACAAUUGAAAGAUUGCUUCAAAAAUGUCAAGACGUUUGUAGAUGAUGUUUUUGGCGGUAUGCUGGUCUCCACAAUUGUUUGCUCAGAAUGUAAAUCGAAAUCGCAGGUUUACGAAAGCUUCUUUGAAUUGUCGUUGCCUGUCAAUACGACACCGAAGGAAACUGCCAAAGCCGCUGCCACUAGGCUUUUCAGUGGGAAAAUAAAAAAUGAAGAUAAAGCCCAAACAGAUCCAGAUGUUGAGAAUCAGAGAAAGCUCAGCAAACACCAAAUGAAAGUGAUGGCGAAGAAGGAUAAAAAGGCAAAACGUGGUAAAGGAAAGGGAGCUCCGAGCCCGAAAAGAAAAGGCAGCGAAGCAUCAUCUGAUCUCUCAUCUGGUAAGCAAAACUCGGAUGACGAUCAUGAAGAAGAAAGUGAUGAUUGUAACGAAAAUGAUUCAACCGAGAACAAUGACAGUGCAUCUACAAAAGCCUCUUGUAAAGAAGGUUUAAAGCAAGGGGAGAAACAACGUGAAGAUGAUUCGAACAGUUACACGAUUAAAGACGAGGAAGAUUUUGUAAUCAUUGAGAAGAAGACAAAUGCAUGUGCUGCCAUUGAUGAAUCAAAAUCUUGGGAAAGUUCAAAUCAAGCCAUGCUCGGCGGCCAAUCGACACAUUAUCGUGGAAGCCAAACAUCAUCGCUAGAGAGCCUUGCUUCGAAAGAGAGCACCCUUUACAGCAGACAAAACACAUAUGGAGGAAGUAAUAGCAAUUUUUCGAGCAAAGAAGAUGUAUCGAAAGUGGAUACAGAAAUCAAUGAGAAGGAGAAAGAAAGGAUAGAGGGACACAAUUCGGUGGCUCCUACUUCUGGGAAUAUUAAUGAUACAGUGACACCACAGGAAGAGGAUGCAAGUAUGAGUGACACUGAAGCCAGGAAAAAUGCUGGUGAAAAGGCAGCUAAGAGUCAGGUGCAGGACAAGGUGAUUGAGGAUACAAUAUGCAUGCUUCUUGUUAAAGAAUGCAACAUCGAUGAAAGAGAAAGGAAAGAAAAUCAAGAAGCAGUAAAUGGUGAAGCAGCGAGCCAGACAAGUGAAGAAAAUUUAAAUAGCAGAAAGGGGUUGGAAAAGGAUUGCAAGGGAGUUGAAGUUGGAGAAGAAGCUCGUAAAGAAACAGAGAAUGGAGGGCAAGAGGGGUCAAAAGAUAAGCAAACUGAAGUGAGCUUAUUUUCCAAUGAACACAGAGAAAAUGUGGAAAUGAAACAAGAAGGUGCCACAACAGUGAACGACGGUAUUGAGGAGAAAGAAACAAAUGAAAAAGAGGACUCACAGGGGAAUGACAGUGAAAGCGUCGAGGAAGUUACAGAACAGCACAGUGAAGAUGACAAUGGCUCUGAUGAAGAGGAAAUGAAGAGUAAUAAUGUGAGCACAUUCAGCCCAGAAUACAAAUGCAAGUCUGGUGAAUGUUCAAUUUUGUCCUGUUUGCACCAGUUCACUGCCAAGGAUGUUUUGGAGGGAAAUAAUCGUUUCCGCUGUGAUGAAUGCACGAAAAAGCGAAAUGUUAUCCAAGUGGAGGAAGGCAAAGCAAACGCAAUAAAGCCAGUUUUCACCGAUGCUACAAAGCAGAUGCUAGUAUGGCAACCACCUUCAGUGUUGACGUUGCAUUUAAAAAGAUUUGAACAAGUGGGUCGGGGUCUGAGAAAAGUCAACAAACAUAUCGAAUUUCCUUUGCAGCUGGAUUUAUCGUCUUUCUGUCAUGUGAAUAAAUCGGUCUCAAAAGAGGAUCUUCAGUACAAUUUAUUUGGUAUUAUCGAGCACAGUGGAAACUUGCACAGCGGUCAUUACGUUGCAUGCGUGAAAACGAGAACAAUAGAUAAUAAAUUCAAAUGGUAUUACGUAAGUGACAGCCGCGUUUCAGAGAUUCAAGAAGAGGCAGUUUUAAAAAAGCAAGCUUAUGUCUUGUUUUAUCAUCAAAUAAGUCGGCGAGGUGGGAAAGUUGAUAAUGACAAAUGAAUUAGCAGUGUACUUAUCGAUUUGUUUAAUAAGAAUUUAUAUCUUUGAAUUAGCAUAACAGACACUGAACAGAGGCUAGGUAAGCAGAGUGUUGGCUUAGAAGGCCUAGAAUGAUACUUAAGUCACCUUUGUUUAUUCGUAACCAAACCAAGGCUACAUAAAACUGAGUCUGUUUGAUCCUCCUAUAUCAUAGGUAACAAAUCUCCGACUACAGAAAAAACCAGUAACUUAGGUUUUUAAUUUUCAAAUCUGUUUGUAUUUUACGUUGUACAUCUUUGUUUUAUGCCUGUCUACUGACCAAUUGCAGGGGCAUGAUUUACUUCGAUGUGAUUAAGAUUAAAACCGAUAGGGCUGGGCCCGAGCUGAUCGAAAAUAUAUUAACAUUUAGUAUCCUAUCAAAGUAAAAUCACCUGCUUUGUCUGGCCAGACUCUUUUGGAUAUUAGAUCCCUUAGUUAAGCUUACAACAACCGAAGGUCAUUGGCUUUAAAGGCCCUUGAGCAACCGGCAUGCUUUGGAGUCGGUGUCAUUUUACACGAGACGAAAUGGGCUGUAUUUUUUAUUUCGAUUCAGUACCAUAAUAGGCCGGUUUUGAAAAUAUGAUCGCAAAGCAUGCUGCUUGCGCAAGAACCAUUAAGUUUGAGGGGCUUUUAAUAUUUUCUGUGUAAUUUUAAAUCGAUGUCUGUUAUCCUUGUCUGUUAUCUUAUUUUAAUUGUACAUCGGGGAAAAUUUGUUUUCUAAAAUCUUUUGCUUUUGCUUUCAAAAGAAUUCUUAAUGAGCACACUGUAUUUUCAAUUUACUGUAUAUUGUCGUAUUUUCAUAUCGAAAGAGUAGAAUUUUUACGUCAUUUAAUUCGUAAUGACGGAUAUCAUAUCAUAGUAACAGGUAAUCUGCUGUCUUUAAAGUUGAGCACAUUUUUCGUAUGAACAAAACACGACAAGAACCACCUACUCUGUUAAAGGACCAAUUAACAGCAUCAGAUGGUAAUUGGUCCUUCAACCGUGGAAAUAUAUGUUUCUACAAUAUUUUAAAUAUUAAUGAAAUAUUUUUUCAAUUCUUGGCUCGUUUGACCUUGCAAAAAGCUUCAAUUAAAAGGAAAACGGUUAAGGGCGAGUUUCUCAAUAAAAGCCUUGAUCCCAAGUAAAUAAAAAACACAGGGUGUGGCCAUAUAACCUGUGUCUACGAGGCCUGAUAACGGGGCUUUCCAUUUCUAUGAGCCUAACGUGUUACGAAACUUUUCCAAAUAAAUAAAUUAACUUUAUUGAGUCUUUGUUCUGAAGAAGAUACUUGUAUUUUGAUAAGAAUCUCUUUUACUUAUAUUAGAUUGGUUUGUUACGAUUGCCUCAUUUUUGCCUCUCGCCUGAUCAAUAUCGGAUUCAUCAUGUUACAUACAAGUAAAAUGAUACAGAACGUGGUAUUUGUUUAGCCCAGGGAACCAAACACGAAUAGAAGCAAAAGACAACUGAAAAAGACAACUUUUACAUUAGUAAAACUGAAGCGGGCCUAUCAGAGCAAGUCUCUUAAA